AUGAUUUACGAAUUAAGAUUUAAUUACCCAAUAAUUUAAAUAAUUGAAAUGAAGGCAAUGUGUCCAUUACUUAGACGUGAUAGUUUUAAUGAAGAAGAGCAGCUAUAUUAACACAGUGAGUGUGAUUAAGUUGAAUUUUAGCUAACCGAUCACUGGUGUUAAGCUGAGGCUGACACCGAUCCUAAUAUAUUAGCAAACAAAAGUCCCUCUAUAAAAAAGAAAAAGCAAGGUCGAUACAAGAAUGUGCCCUAUACCUUUGGUAGACAUUUUAGAAAUUGGAUUGAAACCGAAGUAGGAUCCAUACAAUGUCCAGUGGUUUAAAAAUUCAUCUCUAAACGUAAAUCAAAUCCUAGGUAUCAUGACAGUUUUAAGGAUUUUAAUGAUUUAUUCCAACACUCAGGUAUAGGUAGAUAACUAGGUUAAGUUUUCUUUGGAUAAAAGAAAUGGAUUUAAUAUCUCUUAAAUAAUGAAAGAGUUGAUGGUUUUUAAAUCUAUUUUGAAGUAGAAAGAUCAUACUAUGAAGCUGCAACAAAUGGAACUAAAAUCACUGAACAAAAGGUGAGAAAUAUUUGAUAAUAUAUUUAUUUAUUAUUUUAAUAAAUGUACUAAAUUUAUUUGACAUUUUUAAGAGACAUAGAUGUUGAAUUAAAAAAAACACUUGAAUCAUCUACAUAAGUUUUUAAUGAUCAUAUACUAUAAAGAACAUGUAAAUAAUAAGAUUUAGAAUUUGUUACUAAAGUAAGUCUGUUCAAAUCUAUAAGAAAUUAGAAGAUUUCAAAUUUCAAGUUGAUAAGUAUGGAAUUUAAGCAAUUGAAAAAUUUAGAGAAAAUCUAAAAGCUAAUAUUGAAGGACCAAUUCAAGCUUAGACACAUUUUAUUGCAAUGAAAAAUUAAAGAUAAAAAAGUAAAUCUUAUAAGAUUGAUGAUUUAGAAAGAGUUAUUGAUAGCAGAAUAUAAGUAAUAUAAUAAUAAUCUAAUAAAGGAAGCAAGUGAAAAAUAGAAAUAAUAAUUAAUUCAUUAUUUAGACACAUUUGAAGAAGAAUUCAAAUUUUAAAAUUAAGAAAUGGCAAAUGAAUAUUAAUAAAUUGAAAAAGAACUUCAAGAAUUAUAACUAAAAGAUUGA